GUGCAGCCUGAUGAGCACGUGAUCGACCAAGGUGAUGACGGGGACUACUUCUACGUCAUCGAAAGCGGCACGUACGACAUCUUUGUGAAGUUUGACGAUGGAGAGAAGCUGGUGGGAGCGUACGAUGGCAAGGGCAGCUUCGGCGAGCUAGCACUCAUGUACAACAUGCCACGCUCAGCCACCAUCAUCGCAACGUCCGACGGAACGCUGUGGGCCAUGGAGCGUUCCGUCUUUAGGAGGAUACUGAUGAAAUCUGCCUUCAAGAAACGGAAAAUGUACGAGUCGCUCAUAGAGGGCGUGCCCAUGCUGCAGACACUCGAGGAUGCGAGCAAGAGCGUUCAGCAGCGUUGUCAUGAGCAGUGCGCAACAUAUGUGGCAACAAUUGAACAACAAUUGACACAGCUCCACAAUAUGCCGACCUCUCCGAUGAAGAGUGCAGAGCAGAUUGCUGAGACAAAGAGCUCGGAAGGCCAGGAAUGUGUGAGCGCUCUGGAGCAUGAUAGCACUCAGCGAUGGACAGACAUGAAUGCAUCGUUGACUUCCAGCGUAGAUGCACUGAAGAAGGAUCUCAAUGCUCAAACCAACAAGCUCAAUGAAUGCAGCGAGGCAUCUGUGAAAGAAUUCGCACGCGACAAACAACGUCUGGAAGGGGCACUCACGCAGCACCUGUCCGAACACUGCCAGCAGGUGGCAGCACAGAUGCAGAACGAAGUGUCCCUGCAGGUGGCGCUGCUCGAUCAGACUGAGAGCAAUGUUCAGCAGGAGCUGGAGAUGAGGAAGAAGCAGCUAGACACCUUCCUUGCUGACGAGCUCAAGGUGGAUAUCCCAACAGGCACAACUCCGCAGCAACGUGACUUCGCGUACCCGCGCGCGUCUAUUUUUUCC